AUGAGGCGUUGGCUCGUCUCAGCCCUCCUGCUACUGCAGGCCGUUGGUCUCGCAUACUCUGCCGACCAGAAAGCCGCCGGAACGGAUGGUCAUGACAAAGAUUCCACGAAACCCGAACCGGCGACGGAAACCGACAUUGCCUACGGCGCACAAUAUGCGUGGACUCCAUACCAAAGCGGAUGGGAGCUUGUCAACGAAGCGACGGCCGAGUUCCGAAAGAUCAGGACGUCACACCACCGGCGGUCGAAAAAGCAGAAUGGCCUCUUCAGCGCAUUGUUCCAAUAUGCUAUGAAAGCUCUACCAAGCUUGCGGGUCAGCGCGCCUCCCCAGGAGCAUGCGUCGCCUGUCAUAAGCGGACCUCUCCUCGAGGGUGUCAAGCUACUCCAGCAAUCUGCUGACCAGAACAACACCGAUGCCAUCUACCUCUUGGCGCAGCUCAACUUCUUUGGGAACUACUCGCACCCACGAAACUUCAAGACAGCAUUCGACCACUACUACAGACUGGCUGCACAUCACGGAAACAGCUCUGCGCAAUACAUGGUUGGCAUGAUGUAUGCGACGGGAGUUGGCGAUGCAGUGGAGCGGGACCAGGCGAAAGCUCUCCUAUAUCACACCUUUGCCGCGAACCAAGGGCACACUAGAUCGGAGAUGACCGUGGCUGCCCGUCAUCUGAGUGGGAUUGGAGUGCCAAAGAGCUGCGAGACGGCUUGCAAUUACUACAAGAGGGUUGCUGACAAGGCGAUGGUCUGGUUCCGAUCAGGGCCACCAGGCGGAAUGACCCUCACGCCAGAAGCGUAUCGACUUUCCGAUGAAUUCGGCGGUGUGUAUGGAGAAGGCGCCAGUGUGAUAAGCUCUGGAAUCAACGCCCUGAAGGCGAGUCCCAACUCCGAUGCCUACGCCUCGAUAGACGAUGUGAUAGAAUACCUCGACUUGAUGGCCAACAAGGGAGACUUCAAGGCUUCCUUUAAUCUGGGAAGAUUGUACUACGAAGGCCAGCGAGGACUGGAGAGGAACGUGGAACUUGCCAGGCGAUAUUUUCACGGAGUCACUACCAAAUACUGGCGCGCUAAGGAUGGGCGUAUUGUUGAUCAAGCGAAGCCUCAGCUAGAGAAGAUCGCAAGCAAAUCUGCUGGGUAUAUCGGCCGGAUGUGGUUGCGGGGCGAAGGUGUCAACCAGGACUUCAAGACCGCCCAGCGAUGGUUCGAGCGCGGUAUCAAGCACGGAGAUGCACAGUCUCAAUGGGGCCUAGGGCUCAUGCAUCUCCACGGCUACGGCGUGAAGAGGAAUAUUCCCAGGGCUCAUGAGCUGCUUAAAGCGUCGGCGGACCAGGACUUUAGCCUUGCUCAGGUGACAGUCGGCGCUCUGCAUCUCGAUCAGGGCCAGCCUGAAGACUUGAAGAUCGCGAAUUCUUACUUCGAGGCUGCUGUUCGGUACGGAAACAUCGAGGCACAGUACUACCUCGCCGAAUUGAUCCAUCACGGCAUCGGGCGGGACAGGACUUGUGGUAUGGCUAUGGCCUACUACAAGAACGUGGCCGAGAGAGCGGAGCCUCUGAUAUCCUCAUGGGCGGAGGCGAACCAAGCCUACGAGGACGGCGAUCUGGAGCUAGCCUUUCUGGACUAUGUCAUGGCGGCCGAGCAGGGCUAUGAGAAGGCACAGAACAACGUCGCCUAUCUCCUGGACCCCACACACUCGCUCUUUGCGCUCCCUUCCUGGCUCAAGCGUCAAGCCCCAAGGCCGACCCUUCUCCAUAACUCUGCCCUGGCGCUCAUCUACUGGACCAGAUCAGCCAUACAGUCGAACAUCGACUCACUGGUCAAGAUGGGGGAUUACUACCUCAAUGGCGUUGGUACAGAAGCUGCGCUGGACAAGGCAGCUCAAUGUUAUACCGGAGCUUCGGAGUACUUCCAAAGCGCCCAGGCUCUCUACAACCUCGGAUGGAUGCACGAGAACGGGGUAGGAUUGACGCAAGAUUUUCACUUGGCGAAGAGAUACUAUGAUCAAGCGCUGGAAACCAACGAGGAGGCUUAUCUACCGGUCACUCUAAGCCUUUUGAAGUUGCGGCUUCGCAGCGCCUGGAAUACGUUCACACAUGGCCGCGUCAACUCCAUACGGGAUGAGCCUUCUCCGAAAAAGGACUGGUCGCUCAGCGAGUGGAUUGCCAAUUUCGUGCAGGACGACACUGUUUACUACGAAGACACAUAUGAGGAGUAUUAUGACGACACGAUAGCGGGCAGCGACGGCGAGCCGAUGGGCGAGGCCUUGGAUGACGAUGACCUCGACGGCGUGCUAGAGAGCAUCGUGAUCUUCGGGUUGCUCGGCGCCAUCAUAUGGCUUAUGUAUUACCGGGCGCAGAGGCAGGAGGCCCAUCGAAGGGCUCAGGAGAACGCGGCCCUGCAGGGAGGAUUACCCGCAGGCGGAGCGGCGGCAGCGCAACCUCCGGUAGGCCAGUUCCCGCAACCGGACGACCCGAAUUUUGCGCAGUGGUUAGCGGGCGGUGUUGGACAUUGA